AGCACGCUGAAUAUCGACGGCAGGUGCUUAGCGAGAGACUUCAAAUGCCCGACGCGAACCGCAAAUCCGCGCGGUCUGCCAGUCGUUGAGCACAGUUUUGCCAUCGAGUGGCUUUAGUUGGGUUUGUUCGCGACUCAACGAACGGCGGCGGUUGUAAAAUAAAAUAAAAAAAACAAGCGAAGGAAAGUUGUUUUCGGGGUUAUUUUGGAUGCCUGGUCGUUUGUUUUCGUAAUAUGGCUCAGCAUGGACACCAUCAUGUCGCGAGUUCUCAAAAGGCUUUGAUGUUGGAGCUGAAAAGUCUCCAGGACGAGCCGGUUGAAGGCUUUAAAAUAACUUUAGUCGACGAGUCGGACUUGUACAACUGGGAAGUCGCGAUUUUCGGACCCCCAAACACGCACUAUGAGGGGGGCUAUUUUAAGGCACGCAUCAAAUUCCCUAUUGACUAUCCAUACUCGCCUCCUGCCUUCAGAUUCCUCACCAAGAUGUGGCAUCCCAACAUCUAUGAGAAUGGCGAUGUCUGUAUUUCCAUACUGCACCCACCAGUAGAUGAUCCUCAAAGUGGAGAGCUGCCGUCAGAGAGGUGGAACCCAACACAGAACGUCAGGACGAUCUUAUUGAGUGUUAUCUCGCUGCUGAAUGAGCCCAACACUUUCUCGCCUGCCAAUGUGGAUGCCUCCGUCAUGUACCGUAAAUGGAGGGACAGCAAGGGGAAAGACCGAGAGUAUGCAGAGAUCAUCAGGAAGCAGGUUUUAGCUACCAAAGCUGAUGCUGAACGGGAUGGCGUAAAAGUGCCCACCACACUGGCUGAAUACUGUGUUCGUACCCGAGCUCCACCAGCAGAUGAGGGCUCUAACUUUUUCUACGAUGACUACUACGAUGAUGAGGACUUAGACGACGAUGAAGAGGAAGGUGAGGACUGUUGCUAUGAUGAAGACGACUCCGGAACGGAGGACUCUUGACAGCCAAAACUCACCACUUCCAGUUUCCGUUUGGUUUCAUAGCUUUUUAAAUCAAGGCAAAAAGAAACGUUUCGUGUUUGAAGAUCUGAGCUCAUCAAAAAGGGCAGCAAACUGAUCCCGGUCAGACGCUUUAUGGAUUUAUUAUUUUUUUUAUUCCCCACAUUUUGUUUUGUCUAGUCUUUCAGGGGCAGGUCGGGUACAACCAAUCAGUGUGCAACAGUUCAGCUCAUGUUUAUUUGAUCCUCCAUAAACAUCUUGCCUUACAAAGGCGUCUGAUCUCAGGUUUUCAUUCUCUGUGAUGUUUUUUUAAAGUAUUGCCAUCUUGGGUUGGCGGGAAAAAAGUAGCGAAUACACCUUCUCAGGGCUACUUCUCUUACUUACACCACAAUGCAUUAUAUUCAGCUUCUGUAGCCAUGGACUGGACAUGAUCAAUGUUCUAGAGGAAGAGAGGAUCUCAGCAAAGCUUCACCUACCAUUAAUACCAUACUAAGCUUGGGACUUUUAAUGCGUUUCAUAUUAUCCCAAAACAAACCUGUCUUAUUGGUUUUGUUUUUCGCUUUCAUGGGGUUGCCAGGUAGUGUGUUUGAAUCUUCGCUAUAUUUAGUUCCUCCGUCACAUUUGAGGAUGUUUUAGUUUUGUUAAAUAUAUAUAUAUAUCCCUUUUUAUUUUAAAGCUUUGUGGUGACUCAUUAUUUUUUUCCGAAGCUAAAAUCCUCUUCAGGAAAAUGGACAUGAGACGUUGGUGUGAUUUGACCCCCAAAUUCACAAGCGUACAAGGGUAUUUUGGGCCACAUUUCCCCCUUUUCUUGUUUAAGCUUGUUUUUUUGUUUUUUUUUGGUAUCUAUUUAAUGUCUGAAUAAAGAUCUUUAUUAGA